CCCUUUCACUUUACUCUGACCUCUAGGCCAUGGCUGUGAUACCAGGGACUAGAGCAAGGGAGCCCUGAAGAGAACUCAUCUAAGUGGGCUAAGAACACGCUGUGGCAGCUGGUUCAGAAAUGCACAAGACCUCAAUCCAUAGAGCCUAGAUACCGGGAAGGAUAAUGACACAAGAAGAUGCUAUACUGAUACUGUAUACUCACUCUCACUCUGGACAAAACAGUGAGAGAGGCUCUCUCCACCUACAUUAGUGCAGCCCAGGAAGCAUCCUGCCAGGCACACAUUCCCUCUCUCUCUCUCAUCCUCCCUGGAUAGACGUGUCCGCCUCGGCUGCUGUAUUCCUAUAUGAGCCAGUUGUCGGUGGGACAGAAGAUCAUGACCGAGACCCUCCGGCUCCCCUCCUUCCAGGUGCAGGCCCCAGGGGACUGGCAGACCCCAGAUGGAGACCCAGGAUCAGAAGCCUCCGUCGGGGGAAAGGUACCCAUUGCGGGUGGUGACUCUUCCGCCCUCUCCAGUUCUGCCACUCCGUCCCUCCGCCGCAAGCGCUUCCAGAUGCGGCGCAUGAAGAACGUGCAGAGCGAGAGCAGCGUGACCCCGGCUGUGUCUGCAGCGGCUGCCACUAUGAGGUCAGAGGUCAUGAGUAAGGGCCAGGGGUCGCACUCCUUCUCAGGGGGCAUGGAGUACUUACAGCUGCCGUCCAUCGAGAUUACACCAUCCUGCGACGAGGACGCGGCAACCACCUGGUCCAACUGCUCCACACCCAGCGCUUCGCCGCGACGCAAGCGCUUCCUGCUGCACCGCUGGCUGAACGUGCGCGAGAAGAAGGAUCACUACAGUGAGAGCAGGGAGAGCAGCCUACACAGCAGCCACGAGGAGGACUCCGCUCGCUUCUUGACCCCUCACAGUCGGGAGGAGAGCACUGCUAGCAAUUCGAACCGGAGCACGCCCACUUGCUCGCCCGUCCUGCGCCAUCGCUCUCGCUCACCCACGCCCCAGCAGAGCCUGGAACCCAGUGGUGAGAACAUGGUGGAGAAGGGCCACUCGGACCCCUCUGACAAGGACAAGUCACCCUCCACCAUAGAGCAGGUGGUGCAACGCACCUACAGUCAGUCGGUACACUCCACCACACGCAGCCAUGGGGGCAAGAACUCCAAGUCUCACAAGCGACUUUCCAAACAUUGCUGUGGUACCAGGACAGACCCCGAGCAUGAGUAUUUGAAGUAUGACAGACUAAAACUGAUUAAAAAAAGCCAGAGCUGGUACAACGUAUUGAGUCCCACGUAUAAGCAACGCAAUGAGGACUUCAGAAAGCUCUUCAAGCAGCUACCCGACUCAGAACGCCUCAUUGUGGACUACUCCUGUGCCCUGCAAAGAGAUAUCCUGCUGCAGGGGCGCCUCUACGUGUCGGAAAAUUGGAUCUGUUUCUAUAGCAACAUCUUCCGCUGGGAAACGCUGCUGACGGUACGGCUGAAGGAUAUCUGCAGCAUGACCAAGGAGAAGACGGCCCGCCUCAUUCCCAACGCUAUCCAGCUGUGCACUGACAAUGACAAGCACUUUUUCACCUCGUUCGGAGCGAGGGACCGGACAUACAUGAUGAUGUUCAGACUAUGGCAGAAUGCUCUGCUAGAAAAGCCCUUGUGUCCCAAAGAAUUGUGGCAUUUUGUCCAUCAGUGUUAUGGCAACGAGCUGGGUCUGACCAGUGACGACGAGGACUACGUGCCGCCGGACGAUGACUUCAAUACCAUGGGGUACUGCGAGGAGCUGCCCGUGGAGGAUAAUGACACCAACUUCGCCAAGAUGCCUGACGCCAAGGGAGACACCAGCCCCCUGUUGUCCCACAGAGCCUUUCCCAACAACGCCCUACCCUGUCCGAGCACGAUCGAAUCACUCCUCCCCUUUAACUUGGCUGUCGUGGACGAGUUCCCCCUGUGUCUCCCCGAUGGCGAACUCCUGACCCUCCAGUUGCCGGGGUUGGACAACCGGAGCAGUGGUCCCAGUAGCCCCGCCCCCUCGCCCUCGCUGGACUUCAACGACAACGAGGACCUCCCUACCGAGCUCAGCGACUCCUCCGAGACGCACGACGAAGGGGAGGUGCAGGCCUUCCAUGAGGACCUGAAUGGGAAGCAGUACAUAAACGAGGUGUACGAGUUCAGCGUUGACAAGAUGUACGACAUCCUCUUCACCGAGUCCACCUUCAUGAGGGACUUCCUGGAGGAGAGACGCUUUUCAGACAUAGUCUAUCACCCCUGGAAGAAAGAGAAAGAGGAGAUGGGCAACCAGACCAGAGAGAUCAUGUACACCAUCUCCCUCACCAACCCCCUGGCCCCCAAGACAGCCACCGUGACUGAGACGCAGACGCUGUACAAGGCCAGCCAGGAAAGCGAGUGCUACAUCAUAGAUGCUGAGGUGAUAGCACACGAUGUCCCCUACCAUGACUACUUCUACACCCUAAACCGCUAUGUGCUCACCAGGGUGGCCAAGAAGAAGUGUCGGCUCAGGGUAUCCACAGAGCUGCGCUACAGGAAACAGCCGUGGGGGCUGGUCAAGGGCUUCAUCGAGAGAAACUUCUGGAGUGGCUUGGAUGAGUACUUCAGACACUUAGAGCUGGAGCUGAGUAAGGUGGAGGUGGUCCUGGCGGAGCCCCACAGACAGUCCCCCAAGGCCAGGGCUCUACGGGCAGGGGCAUUGAGGCGACGGAAACGGCCCCUGGUCCACCUGCGGCCCCCACACAUGGACGAAGCCCUCAGCUCCGUCACCACGCCCGAGGACGAGGAGGUCACCCACCGCCACCGGAUCAAACACGUGGCAGGUUCCACUCAAACCAGGUACAUCCCGGACAAUGUCCCAGGAGGCCUAGCGCUCUACAGUGUCUCCAAGCUACUCCUCAUCAUCAGCUUUGUGAUCUGUAUAAGCCUAGUAUUGUUGGUGUUUCUGAACAUGAUGCUUUUCUAUAAGCUGUGGAUGCUGGAGUACACCACACAGAGCCUGACCUCGUGGCAUGGCCUACGACCACAAGAAAGUAAACUUCCACAGACGCAGCUGGAGUGGGCCCAGCUUCUGGAGUCGCAGCAGCGGUACCAUGACGACGAGCUGCAGAAGUGGAAGGAGAUCAUCAAGUCGUCGGUGAUGUUGCUGGACGAGAUGAAGGACUCACUACUAAACCUGCAGAAGGGCAUGGGCUUAAGAGACUAUAACUCUGAAUCGGAGGAGAAGAGGAGUCGAUAUCACUGACAAACAGACAAUCCUAAACCACCAGCCAGGACAUUAUGUGCAAUAUCUAAGGAACCAUUUAUGGGAAAGUCUUGGGAAAAGUCUUAGGAAAACAAGAGAAAUAUGUUUUCUUGCACGGGGGAACGAAGACGGGUCUCCCAGAACGACCGACUCCACUCCCACCGCCCAACGUCUGGCAGAAAGUUACCUCAUCACCACCAGGACAGGAUUGGGGCGGACGCCGUCUGCACCGUUGCAUCAUGGGAAAAGACAGAGGUGCCAUGACCUACAUUGGCCUAAACUCUUGACUUUUUUUAUCACCUCGUUCUCGGAGAAUGUUGUACUGUAAAGUGUUUUGUUUUGUUUGUUUUUGGGGGCCACGUACGGACAAAGCAAAGAUAGAAGGGAUGGGUCAGGGAGGCUUGCAUUUCUUGUCUCCGUCGGAGAGAAAAAUAAAGUUUUCGGUGGAGAUUUGUAUUGAAACGUCGGCAUAUUUGUCUCAGAAGAGCAAAAGUAAUACUGGGUCAGGGGUUCCUUGUGUUCCUCCAUAGCCUUUUUAGGAACUCUUGGACAAAGGUUUGGCGCUGCAGUAUCCCUUUUUUUUUUUUUUUACAGACCUUUGGACUCUGGGACCAGGUUACGAUCAUAAACGGAACCACAAUCAACGUGCAGUGUUUCAACACAACCCAUCGUUUAUAGGAUAGAACCUCCAGGAAUCAUAGUAUAUUAUAAAUGCAUACAUAUAUAUAUACGAAUAUGAAUAUAUUAUAAUGACGUAUGUCUUUUUUUUGUAGAAUUGCAGUCAGGGCAAAUUUUUACCAGGCUUCCAUGGUGUAUCAGGGCAGGUUUCCCUGAAAGCUUGUGCCAUUUCUAUGUUUGUGUGUUCAUGUUUUCUAAGGCAUGCUCUCUACUGCGUGUAGAGUACCCCUACCCCUUUGAUUUGUAUUCGUGGACAGGGGAGCUAGCCAUAACUUUUAGCAGCUUGUUGCCAGCUUGUUAGCAUACACGGAUGAGAAAGCGGUCAGCUUUUGCAGAGGUACGCAGUAGGUGUUUCUCAAUAUGCAUACUACCGUGCUCCACACUGUCAUGCUCCGAGUGCAUUCUUAGAAGACGUUCUCUUGAGUUCAUUAUUGUGAGGACGAGAGUGUGGAGAACGCAUAAAACAUUACAUUUGAGAAGCACACCCCCUAUUGUAUUCUCAUGCUGCACUUCCCCAUUCACGGAACUUUCUUCCAGCCAGGACAAUGACAAUAGAGAUGAAACCAGAUAUACACAAAGCAAAUGGUUUUACUUUAUAACUAUCAGCUAGCUACAUGUGAAUUGUAAUUAUCGAGCUCAUCAGAUAUGACCUAAAACUAAUGUCAUGCAAAGUAGAUGUCAAUUCUUCAUGGUUAGCUAGCUAACAAUUCUUUGUGACCAUCUGGCUAGCUAACAGUAGUAGCUAGCCAGUUAGCCCUAUUGACUUACUACGGGCUUGCGAUCUACAUAUACUACAGUGGGUAUUGUAGGCAGGUAAACAUGCCAAAAUUAACACAGCAUGUAUUUAUUGAAGUAUCCAGAUAAAAUAUUGUAGUCAGGCAACAAAUGAGAUGUCAGAGUUUAUUUUCUCUCACUUCAGCUAAAAUAAUGUCUGCCAUUGAUUUCUAAUCAUUUUGUGUCAUUUUUUUUACAUGGUUGCAUCAUAUUUCUGUGCAUACUUUCCAUUGAAACAUGCAUUGAUUCAUCAUUCAAAAUAUGUACAAACAGAGUACGCAUUCGAGAAGUGCCCUCCGUGCUCUGUUUCGCAUACUUUGAUUUGGACUCCGACACUCCGACCCUCCUGUGCUUCAAUUUGCGUGCUCGGAGCAUGAUAGAAUGCAUUUUGAGAAACACCCUGUAUUUUCCAGUGAUGCAACGUUCUUCCGGGAACAGGGCUUUCUUGGCCCUAACCAACCCUAAAUGUUAUAUCAACGUUGUGCUUAGGUUUUAUCCUUCAGGAUGAUUUGUUUUAGGUUAUGGAUAGAUCUAUUCAUUGUUGCCAAGAUUUACGUGUCAAGUUUUAUGCUAACGUAUCAUUUUUUUAAAUUUUGGGCAGUAUUGUUAUCAUCUUUUAUUUAGCCGCUUUGUGUUGUAUCAAUUCAUUUGUGGCUGUCCUGUAUUGGCUGGAAUAAGAUGUACUUGGUAGUGUACUGUAUAGGCAUUGGUAUGGACCCUAAGUGAUUUUACACAUUCGAUGGAGCUUGAAUGUGUCUCUACCUGCACUUCAAAAAUAAUUUAGGUUGUUUUACCCAGUAUUUGUUAUCAGCCCAAAUACUGUGUCAGACAGAGAGAACAUAAUGAUCAGUGUUAUGAUCAUGUGGAUGUUAAACUAUGUCGCUCUAUGAACCUUCUUCACAGGGCACCUGGUUGUUCAGCUUUUAACCACAGACGGAGUGGACAGUAUUUUAGGGAGGGUAUUUCUUCGGAGAGGGACGUCAUUUUACGAAGGGAUACUGCAGCUGAACCCGAAAAGCUUUGAUCACUACGAAAUAUUUGACAAUUAAAACUGUGAACUUCCUCAUUGAAAAAUAUGCUUGAAGCUGGAAAAAACAAGACUAACGGAAAUUGUACAGUAUUCAGAGGCAGAUAUUUAGGGACUUAUGUACAGUGUAUACGAGAAAUGUAAAAGAAACGUCUGGGGAAAUGUUCAGUGGUCACCCACUGCAGAGCUGGAUUCAAAUACAGUACCAUUUCAAAUCAUUUCAAAUAUUUCAGCUGUGCUUGAUUGAGUUUUCCUGGCUUUUAUGGACCAAUAGAAAAGUCCUAAAACUGCAGACCCCACCCAUGUAACACUCUAGGCAGGCUAAAACAAACUCAAAGUAUUUGAAAGAUUUCAGAUAGUAUUUGAACUCGGGUCUGACCUACUGUACUCCUCUGUCUUCCCAAAGAUGUCUGUUGUGGGCUAUGUCCUGGCAUAUUGGAUGUGUCAAGUUGACACAGUCAACCAUUCCCACAUCGUUUGUGUUUGUUAAUUUAAAAUGCCCCAAAUGUAAAAAUGUACAAGAAUGGUAUCAACUGUGGCUAAAACUACAAUUUUAGUAUCUCCCCAUCUGUCUAUGGAAGAAGCAUAGCUAUCAAAAUACAUUUUCAUUUCGAAUUGAAUUUCGACAGCUAAACACUUCCAUAUUUGCUUGCCACCCAUGUAUGUUCAAUUGGUUGGACUCUCAAGGGUUCCUGUGACGACUUUUGAUUCAGCCACUAACUGUGGUAUGUUUGAGGGAUUGGGAUGAAGACAUACACAGUGCACGGUGUGCAGAAGUAACAUUUAGGCCAAAAUAAUUAUGUCUGAGUUUAUCAACGUUACGCAUUGGGAUACAACGCUUUAGACAUGGGUCAUAUUCACUACGAAGCAAACGGGCGAAAACAGAGAAGGACGUACCUGAAUUUGUCCAAUAAGAAACACUAGUUUUCCUCUACAAAACAUUUUGCUAUUGUGUGCGCUAAUGACUAUGACCCUGCACUCAUUGGCUUUGCAGACAGUGGAUCGGCACAACUCACGUACAUUCCAAAAAGAGGAGGGUUUCAUCUGAAAGAAGAAACAACAAUAUAUGCAAUGGAUUGAGACAGUGGGUAGCACUUCAUACAUUAUGAAUGCGAGUCAUUUAUUGCUGAAUGAUUUUCCCCACUCCCUUGCGCUAUGACUUGCUGAAAUGGCCAUUUGACCUAGUUCAGGUCAAGUUGUUAAGCCUAAUUUUAAGAGUGAUAAUUGAGACGAGAUCUAUUCAGGGCAGAUUAAAUGGUAUUCCUGAGAAAAAGGGCCCAUGAUGAGAUUACAAUGAUUUAUACUGUACCUUACAUUUUUCAUCAGUCGACAUGACAAUCAUUUCUGUUGUCUUGGUGAGAGGAGUAGAAAGCGGUCAACCAACGUGAGAUGAUGUGCAACCAAAAGGUGACCUUUGGAAAGGUGACCCUUGGAAUAAGAUGGAAUACGCAGUAGGAGGAAACAACGCAACUUGCCGCUCCACCACUCGUUAAUUUUGUUGCGGAGGGUCGCACAACUGUGUGCAGUACAUAUUGUGCUCUUCUAUCGUGUGUGCAAUGCUGUUGAGGUGGGAAAAAACAGUGUUUCUUUGAUUGCAGUAACUUUGUUGUUGUAAUAUCUCAAACGGACGUGGCUGUUUCACCAUUAGGGAUUCAAAGAAAACGCUCGAUUAAUCCGAUGCAAUACAUAUAUUUAAUACAUUAUCUAACUUUUCGAUAGUAAGCUGCCUUCAUUUGAGUUUCAGAAAAACGUAGGGACCCUUUGAUGACCCUUCUAUAGAGAAUGCAUGCUAGGUUCCUGUCUCGUUCGAUUUAAUUCAUGAUCUCAGAUGUGUUCUAUGCAUAGGUGCUUUAUAUAUGCAGGAAUGCCUCAAAUGGCCCUGAAAAUGAAAUUGUUAAAUUGUGUUUUUAAUAGAAUGGUCAGUAAGCAUGUCUGAGUGUCUGAGAAAACAAACAAAAUAUGUUGCACCCAAAAAGUAGUGUUCUUAAAAACCUGAAACUGAAAGAGCUUUCUUUAUUAAUUUGAACGCUCACAAAGCUGCAGCUUGACCUGUUCAUGUUUGCCAAAUGAUAGUAAAUUCUAAGGAAAUUAUGAACAAUAUGCACAAUAUAGGUAGAAAAUAGUGUCUUAAAUUGAGCGUGAGACAUAAAUAGCGAAUUGAAAGGAUGUAUUUUAGAGCUUGUGUUUGUGGUUAAGUUUCCAUGACAAUCCCACGAAGCCUGACCUCCAAUGCUUUCAAACCCUUCACUUCAGUACACACACACGAGCGCACGCACACACCUCAGUCCGGUGCAAGUUUUCCAUCUCAGAAACACUUGUUGUGGUAUUGUAUAUCCUCUGUGUGUGUGUGUACAAUACCUGAUAUGUUAUUUUUUUAAGUGUUUUGAUCUCCUAUAUAUAUAUAUAUAUAUAUGACUGAAAUAUUUCUACAGAUAAUACUGUAUGUAUAUGUUGUGUAUAGCUCCGGUGUACACAGACUAGAGAAACCCAUCCACGCUGUGCGUGGUCUUGGGGGGGAAAACUUUGAAAGGAAAAAACAUUCUAAAAGCUUUAUUGGUUUGUGGAGGAGUAGAGAUGAAAUAAAAUAAUGGAAAGUA